UCUUGAUCUCCUCUACCCGCCCGCUUUGCCCGCUGUCUCUGGUCCCUGCGAACGCCCCUCAACACUUGUACGUUUGCUUAUAGGGUUGAUCAUCUUUGCAAUCAAUUCAGAACACUAUCAACCCCCCGAUCGCUCAGCUGCCUCUCGUGGUGGCGUUGGUUACCCUAUCUUGGAAUUGAUCCUCCCUGGUUGCGCACCCAUCGACUCUGAUUUUAGCGUUGACCCUCGCAACUAUUGGCGCACCCGCUUCAGAGAUCCACGGUCUUUCGCGAGCGCCCUUCUCCUAAGAUUCUCGAAAUCUUUUUUCUCUACCCCACUCAUUUCUUUUUUCUAUUUUACAAGGGGUCCCGGUUGGACUGGGUGUUCUCUUUGUCGCACGAACCCGGCCGACUGGCACGAAAUACUCUUCGAUCGCGUCAAACCGUUACCGAAGGCGCGACUUCGGAGCCAUGAGCGCAGACGAGGGUGGGGGAACCACCUCGAUAUCGGCCACCAACGGCGAAAUCCAUGGUGCUACCCCCGAUCCCCCAUCGCUAGCGACCCCUGGUAAGCGAAAGAGGGUUUCGAGCCACGACGAUAAGGCCCCUCAGGAUCUCAAUCAUUCCGCUUCGCAAGGCCAGGAAAAGGUCAAGUUGCAGGAAACAUUGCGCAAUCUCGUGGAUAUUUUGAAUAAGAAUGAUACGGAACUCCAGCUCUUGGCUUGUCCCUUGACGACGUCGCCCUCGAAACCCCGGUCGAAACGCGCAAAGGUGUCUGGGGACAAGGAGGAGGGCACUAGCAUACGUGCACGGGUCGAUGCGGACCGCUAUAAUACUCUGUCGGAAUUCCUUAGUGAUAUCGAGCGGGCCUCGGCAGCCGUGAUUGAACGGAGUAAAUCCCGUGUCAGUGAAAAUGACUCGACGGCUUUGACGGAAACUGUGAAUCGCAUCGCAGCAUUCAAGAAAACGCUGAAUAGCCUGGUCCGUCAGGCCCAAACAAGUCCCGCAAGCAUCAAGGCGGAACCGUUGGCGGAGGAAGCAGAAGCAGAAGUCCCAGCGCAGCCUGCCCCCAGUGAUGUGGAGGUACGAAACGACGGUGUGGCUUUGACUCUCUUUGGGAAUCCUGCCAACCCCAAGCAGCUAUACUCGAGCUUGCAAAAGUCCGUCAAAGUGCCAUUACCGUCGGAUGAUCCGAAGUCUCAGAAGUACGUGGAAGUGCAGGCACCACUCCCAGAGGUCGGACUCCCCAACGGAAUCACCACGGCGAAGAUUGCCCCCUAUAAAUCGGAAGCGAAAGCGAAGGAGCACAAACGAACAUUCGGUGAAGUUUUUGCUCCUCGUUCUGCCCUGCCUCAGUUGGAACUCCCACGCAGGACCCGGUCAUCUUUCCGCAGCGUCGGUGGUUGGAUCGAUCCCUUCGAAGCCAUUACGAACUUCAACUCAUUUCUUGGAGACCGAAAUAAUUACUGUCUUGCGCCUCUACCUUCGGGUGAUUGGCUGCAGUACGGGGGCGCUGCAAGUCGCCGACAGAAGCAUCAACCUUCUCAGCCGCAGACUGACGAAGGGAUCCGAGAUGAUCCGGCGUUAUGGGUUGAUGAAGAUGCAUCCGCUAUACAAAAAGUAUACUCGUCUUUUGCGCCUUCGUUUGACAGCUCGGGUGCUGUUCUCCAAGCGGAUGCGAAGGAUCUAGUAUGGUGGAGCAAGCGGGGCGCCAGACGUCUGCAAACGCUCCUGUCCGUGCCCUACGAGGAGAAACGUCAGGAAACUGUGGCGGCACAGCCAGGUAAUAUCGGCGAACUCGAUGAAAGCACCUUGGAAGAGAUGGUCAAGUCUUUUAACCCCGAAGAUUUCGCGGACGGUGUCACGGACGGUGAUUCGCAUAAGCUCAAAGAUGAGGAGGGUCAAGACAUGGAAGCUCUGUUACAUGAUGUUUCGGAUUUGCUGGAAACUCUCAGUUCGUACCAGAAAAUCCGCAGCCUUCAGUUUUCGCCGCCAGGGGGUCAGGAUCCCGAGGCGCUGAAAGGCAUCGUCCCUGACCAGGGUACCUGGGAAGACCCAACAGAGGCAGAACGAGUAACAUAUGAGGCGUUGCGAUCGGGCCUGGCCACUUUAGUGUCAACCCUUCCGCCAUAUGCCGUCGCCAAACUAGACGGUGACCAGCUGGCCGACCUGAACAUCAGCCAGAAGGUCGUCGUGGAGAACCCUGACUACAGUGGGACUAUGGAGAAGGACGAUUUCACGAUCCAGCAGGAACGCGCUGCGGCGAUGACAUCCAUGGGUGGCGGCGGAGGUCGCAAUGCCACGCCUUCCCGUCAUGGAAGCUUCCAAGCAGGAUACAACCAACGGGCCUAUUCUGCUAAUACUAGAGUGCCGCCGGGCUCGGGGGCUUUCCAGCCUCCGCAGCCGUACUACAGUGGAAGACACCCAUCAACCCCUGGCCCUUUCACCCCGGGCCAACCACAGUCGUUCGCAGGAGCUCGACCCCCCUCGACUCCUUCGCAGCGGCCGGGUUACCCGCCAGGAUAUUCGCAGCAAAACCCACAGUUUGCACCGAUCCAACGCGCUGGACAAAACACUCCUAUUUAUCCUGGCCAACAAGGGGCCCCGCAAGCGUCUCCGCAGCCUUUCACCCCACGACCUGGACAACCAGGACAAUACAACGCGCAGUUUGUCCCGGGUCGGGGUAGUGGCUCCCCUCAAAAGCAGUCAUCUUUCACCGCUCCUCGAACACCGUAUAUGACACCGGGCCCUGGUGCACAGCAGCGGUAUCCGCAGCCGCAGCCGCCACCACAACAGAAGCAGCCGCAGCCGCAGCAACAGCAACCGCAACCGCAACAGCAACCGCACCAGCAACAGCAACCGCAACAGCAACCGCAACAGCAACCGCAACAGCAACAGCAACAGCAUCAACAGCAACCGCAACAGCAUCAACCGCAACCGCAAUCACAGCCAUCUCAACCCCAACCGCAACCACAGCAAGGGCAACAGCAAAGACAACAGCAGCCUCCUCAACCUGGUAAUACUCCCUCCAACCCGACUGCCACACCAUCAGCAAACUACGCCAACUCCGCAGCGGCCAUGACCUACGCUCGAAGUGCAGCAGAGCAAGCCGUAUUAAUGGACCGGAACCGGGCACAGCUAGCCGCUCAUCAAUCACGGCAAAGCCCAUCAUCACCACAGCCCGCACCGGAGCAAGGCACGUCGCAGGAGCCAGGCGGCGGCACACCUCAGAGGAAAAAGUCCACGUCGGUAGUUUCGUGAUUAUGGAGUCUAUGAUUCUCCUCGACUAAAUUUGUCCUCGGGCAAAGAGAGAAAAAGAGAAUGAUUUGGAUAAUGGGUAGACAGGUGCAAAUGGCCAUGGGAAUUUGAUUUCAUCUUUUUUCCUUUCCAUAUCUUUAUUCCUUUUUCUACCCCAUCCCCGUUUUCCUCUUAAUGCUUGUCCUUUUCUUUCUUUUUUCCUUCUUAUAAUGCUGGUUUUCUUUUGUCGUCUUUCCUACUCGGCUGUCUUCAGGCUUUCCAUGGGAAUCUUCUUACUCACUGACUAGACUUCCGGUGGAGGAUCGAUAUCUUCUUUUCUUCUUUUCUUGUACUCUUAUGGGCUGGUUGGUUGGUUGAUCGAUCGAUUAUAACGUUAUUGAAAGGAGAACUCAUGCUUGUUGGUCUGUUAUAUCUAUUUUUAUUAUUAUCUCCAAGGAGUGUU